AUGGUUAUAGUUAUAGAAACCAUGUUUCUCUUCCUUCUAAUUUUCGUUCCUACUGCUGUUAUCGGUCAGGAUACAACUGUUUCAACUGUUCUGGAUCCGCAAUGUGUUGAGGAGUUCCACAAAAUUCUAAGCCGCAACAGAACGGUGUUCAACAAAGUUUACGAUGUUGAUUUGAAUGAAGAGUGGAUGGAUCGGAACCUUGCUGAAGAACUAGGAAAUAAUGAAUUGGAACUCUCAAAGAGAUCAAAAGAAUCUGUAACUCUAUUCCAAGACCUCCAUCAGAUGAAGUUGAUUUGA